AUGGUCUUGGGAAGCGCCCCCGACGCAACUCCGCCAUGGCGUUCGUCUGCAAUCUUAGCCCUGGUCACGGUGCUAUUCGUCAGAAGACACGCGCUAGGACCCGUUGCUUCUUACAGUAUCAACUCUGUCGUCUACACACCAGCCCACGAAUCCGGUCAGUGCAAAAUCUCCCCAGAUCCGAUGACCGCGCCGCAGCACGGGCUGGCUUUUCUGGAGGCUGACGUGGGCCCGGGAAUCAUCCCAUGUGCUUCUCCUUGCACCGGCCGUAACACGCAUACAGUACAAUAUCUGGGUGAGCAAUUCCUUGACUCCGCUGAGGACCCCGGAAAACACUGCUCUCAGUGUACAUAUCCCGACACCUGGUGCUCUCGGUCUCGAUUGUACGUUGCCACUAUACAUCCCAGCACUCUUUUAGGUACCACGUACAGCAAAGAGCCCCAGAGUAUCAUGGCGUCGAUCUUGGAGCGUCUGUUUCCCGUGGAGCAGCUGGAGGCACUCGGGAACAAGUGGCCUGAGAAUGCUUACAAGAGGAGAAAACUCGACGAUGGUGCAAGGCAACAAGAGACCUGGGCGGUGCCAGCGCCUAGAAGGCAAUACCGCAGCUCUGCGACUCCGGACCCCAGGUACCACCGACUUUCGAUGCCGACCCAGCACAGUGUCAAACCCAGAUUCACCACACAACCAACACAGAUCAAGAGAUCCAAUUCUGAGUGCAUUCCUCGGACCUCACCAGCACCGUCAGCAAGCUCCACUAGUAACAACUCGACAUCGACCCAGAAGUCCUGUCUUCCCGCCUUCAUCGCACCCGAUCUCAUGCUCGCCUAUCUUCACAAUCUUCAUCCCAGGGACCGGCCUAGAUAUUCACUACCUGGUAGUCCAAGCAGCGAUACCAAAGCUGAUGAGCCAAGACGUUCAAUAACCGCCCGCCACGACAACGAGGAUAGUAUCUCGUCGCCUGGAUCCCUGACGACAGACGCAUCCUCUCCACAAUCUUCGGGGGAGCCCUGCGCAACACCACCUUCAUCCGCUGGCCAACACGGCAUCGUGAUCAAUGGUCUACGAUUGACCGAGCACGAGCGGGGGUUCAUGAACGACCUUCUCAAUCUGUCACCUGCCGUCACCGAUAUGCUCACGUCUGCACCUGGCGAGAAACGGAAGAUGCCGUUAGUAGACGAGGAAGAGGACCCUGCGAGCUUUUUCAGCGGUGGAAACGACGCAUUCGAGGCCAUGUUUGGCCCGUCGUGCGCGGUAGAGGCUCGUUUUGCAGGCUUCGAGUACGCUGCCACGACGAAUGACGGGCGGGAGGAUGAUGUACAUUCGUCUGGUCUCAGUCCAGCCGCCGAAGAGAACGAGGCAGAGGACAGCUCUCCUGCUGGGAUUGUCAUGCCUGUGCACACGGCGCUUAGCGUUGACGACUUUUUUGACUUGGAGCAGGCAGCCGACGAAGUUUCACCGUUGGCAAUUUGA